GAUGUAAGUGACAGCUCGGUCGAAAUUCUCCAGUCGGUUUCCGUUAGCUUUGGGAAGAGAUGGUCAGAGUUUGUUUUUUACGGAUGAACAGUCCGCUGGCACCGUGAUGGAUGAGAGUCGACAAAACAAUACAGGAGACUGCUAAAAUAAUGUUUCAGCUGCCCUAACGUGCUUUCCAAUGGCCAUCAGGGAACUGAAAGUGUGUCUGCUCGGGGACACGGGUGUGGGGAAAUCAAGUAUCGUGUGUCGAUUCGUUCAAGAUCACUUUGACCACAACAUCAGUCCAACGAUAGGUGCAUCUUUUUUAACUAAGACUGUCCCCUGUGGAAAUGAACUUCACAAGUUUCUGAUUUGGGACACCGCGGGGCAGGAACGAUUUCAUUCGUUGGCUCCCAUGUAUUACAGGGGCUCUGCAGCAGCCGUCAUUGUUUACGACAUCACAAAGCUCGACUCUUUCCAGACGUUGAAGAAGUGGGUGAAGGAGCUGAAGGAACACGGGCCGGAGAAUAUAGUCGUGGCUAUAGCAGGAAAUAAAACCGAUCUGGGUGAUAUCAGGGAGGUUCCAACUAAAGAGGCAAAAGAUUUUGCAGAGUCCAUUGCAGCCAUAUUUAUGGAGACCAGUGCCAGAAAUGCAGUAAACAUAGAAGAGCUGUUUCAGAAAAUCAGUCGACAGAUCCCUCCGCUUGAGAACACAGACGCUGACAGCCACGAGUCUUUUAAACUGACAAGGCAGCCUCCUCCCUCCAGCAGACGCUGCUGUUAGACAUCCAUCCAUCCAUCCAUCCAUCUGCAAGUCACUACAAACACCCUACAACAUGACUUCCUGUGGUACUUGACCCAAGCGAUACAUAGAUGAGGAUCACAGUACACACAAAUCAAUGUGUGUUAAUGUAGGAGUCUGUUAGUCUGAUGUGGAUACGGUCACAUGACUGAUAGACACAUAAUGCAGUAGGAAACACAGCAAUUCUGCCUCUGAACCAUUUUGUACCAAGUCAGAAUGGUUUCUGAAUAUCGUUUUUUCAUGCUGAGCAACUCUUGAGACAUGAGUUAUCUCAACAUGGAAUAAUUUUCUUAUCAAGUCUUUUUAAAUGCAGCACAGAUUUGUGACAAAUAGAAAUGCUAGUAGUUAGCCCGAAGUUUACACAAGAAUAAGUGCCUUAGAAAAUGCCAUUUUUAUGUUUGGCAUUGCCGCUUUGAUUCAUAAAAACAAUAGUUUUAAUAGGUUAUUUCUAAUCUGGCUUUGACCGUUUACGAUGACAUAGGAUCUGAUGAAGCCUAGAUGAAAGAUUGACAUUCGCAAAUGUGUUAGUCACACACAGUGUUUAUUGUAUUAUGUAUUUACAUACCACUACUGCUUCAUACUAAUAAACCGUGGGUCUAAUAUGUCAUUAUUGUAAAGCUGUGUGUAAUUGCACAUUGUUUUUAUUUCAAUAAUUUUAAUUAAUUAUACGGACACUGUAAAAUAAAGUGUUGUCAAUUUAUUCAUUCUUAAAAUAAAUAAAGGAUAAAACUGGUUAUUGGUAAAAAAUGCAAAACAUCAUUAUAAUGUAGAAAUUUUCCUUUAUUAAAUGGAAAUAUGUGGAAAUCAGCCACCAGGGGGCACAACUGGCUUUAAAGUGGACACAUGUUUUGUUGGUUCUUUCUGCAAACCUCUGCUUACCUGUUGCUGUCAAUGUUGAAAAGCCUCAACUGUCCAUAUUCUCCCCACUAAAAUUUCGGAGUUUGGUGAUUUUUUUCAAUUUGCAACCGAGAAAAUGCCGUUCAUCUGUUAAACAGGUACACUUGUUAUCUGGUCAGAUAGUUUGCAAGUAAAACAAACCAUCACUAGGUUGAUUCCCCCAUAAAGGUAAAACACUGAUUCAGUGGCACUUUCUCUCGUGAGUUACAGGAAUCGGUUCGACUGAUCUGUGGCACAUGGGGAUCAUGCCGAUGGUUGGGUCAUUAUUUUUGCAAUUCCAUUUGGUGACACUAGUGCUUCAGAAAUUACACACUUCACCUUUAAGGCUAAAAGCAUAAAAGCAGGGUAAUUGUGCACUCUUAUAUAACCAGCCUACCUUGGUGUGGUCGUGAGUGGAUUGAUUGCCUGUCCUGUGCAGUAGUUUUUUUAAUUUAGUAAUCAGAAUGAUCUUUUCUGUCAGUCACACGCAGCACUGGUUCUCCUCUAACAGUUUAGUUUUUUUGUUCAUAAAUCAUCACAGUCAUUAUUGACAAAGCAUCACAUGUAAUUUAACAUUUAAUAUAUCUGUCUAAUUAUAUCUCUUUUCUAAGUUAGAAAGACUAAAAGUUGGUGUGAAUGCACAUGGAUGCCUUAACGUAGCAAAUUCAGUCUGAAUCAUAAGAGCUAGACGAGAUCUGGUAAUAAUGGUCAUAUUCAGUUAAACAUUUUGUAAAUAACUUUAUAUUUGUAUUUUUAAGUCUACCUUUUCUUAGUUAACUUAAUGUUUCCAUUUUGUGAUAUAACAAUGGUAUCAAACACACUUUGUACCAGAAGUCAUCAAUAAACUACAAAUGCAGUAUG